AUGAAGGCGGUGGAGCGCGGGAAACUGGUGAGGAGCCUUCGGCACGAGUCGCGGCGGCUGCGUCUACUCGUCCUCGUCAUCGGUUUCUUCCUCGUCACGCUCACCUUCGUCGUCGUCUCCAAGCCCGACGCCCUCCUCUUCAACUUGAACGGCAGGCUGUCGGUGGACCAGGCGCCGCGCUCGCUCUUGAUCCGCCAGCGGGUUGACGCCGACGACGGGAGAUCCUCCGACACUCUCGCCUCUGCCUCUGGGGAUCCAAAGGUGGUCGACGACGAUACCGCCGGCGAGGAAGCCAACGCCAACGCCAACGCCAGAGGGACCAGUGAAGAGGAGGAACGGAUGCUCGCUAGUGAGCCCAAGCAGAGGAAAAGGGCAGUGGAAGCCACUGCAUCUGAGAUUUUAGGUGGGGAAGAUGACGAGGGAAGGAAAAGCCAGCAAGAGGGGCACAAAGAGCACCAGCAGCAAAAGUUGACCCUCCCAACUGUUUCGAAUUAUACCAUUCACGAUGCCACUGAUGGCACCGACAAUGGCAAACAGGAAGAUGCAGAAUUUAAGCUCACUCCGGAUGUUGACCAGAGAAAUGGUCGAGACAGAUCUCAUCAAGCAGCAUUGGAUAAUGUGGAGUGGUACAAACCAUUGUGUGAUUUCUCAAACUUCAGAGCAAAUAUCUGUGAGAUGAGAGGUAACAUCAGAAUACACCCAAAUGGCAGUUUGGUCAUUUACAUGGAACCUAUAAGUUCAAGUUCAAAGAGAAAUGAACAAUGGAAAAUUAAGCCUUACCCUCGCAAAGGUGAUGAAUUAUGCCUCAAUCAUAUUACAGAGGUGACAGUGAAAUCCAGCAAAGUGGCACCUGAGUGUUCCAAGUACCAUGACGUGCCUGCUGUGAUCUUUGCUCUGACUGGAUACACUGGGAAUCUUUUCCAUGACUUCACCGACGUGCUUGUCCCCCUUUUUACGACUGCAAGUGAGUUCAAUGGUGAAGUUCAAUUCCUAAUCACAGACAUGGCUAUUUGGUGGACAAGGAAGUAUGCAGUUGUGUUUGAGAAGUUAACUAAGUACCCCUUGAUUGAUUUCAACAAAGACAAUGAAGUGCAUUGCUUCAAGCAUGCCAUCGUUGGCCUUCAUGCUUACAUGGAGUUCACAAUUGACCCGUUAAAGGCUCCACAUAAUUACUCAAUGGUGGACUUCAACCGGUUCAUGCGCAGGACCUACUCGCUGCCUAGGGAUGCAGUAACAGCACUUGGUGAGAUCCCGAAGACCAGGCCAAGGUUGCUGAUUAUCUCCAGGCAAAGGACAAGAAUGUUCCUCAAUCUCAAGGAGAUUGUGGCCAUGGCUGAGGAGAUAGGCUAUGACGUGGUGGUUGAAGAGGCCAAUGUGAACUCCAAUGUCGCCCAUUUUGCCAAGGUAGUUAACUCCGUCGAUGUGAUGAUGGGUGUCCAUGGUGCUGGGCUCACAAAUUGUGUGUUCCUUCCACACAGUGCCAUACUAAUUCAGAUUGUACCUUGGGGUGCCCUAGAUGGGAUAUGCAGGAUUGAUUUUGGCUACCCAGCAGAACAAAUGGGCUUGAGAUACAAGCACUACAGCAUAGGUGUGCACGAAAGCAGCCUCACGGAGCAAUACCCCCUGGAUCACGAGAUCUUCAGAAACCCACUUGCUUUCCACAAGAAUGGAUUCGAGUUUGUCAGACAAACCUUCAUGGAUACACAGAAUGUGAGGCUUGAUUGCAACCGUUUCAGAACUAUACUCUUGGAGGCUCUUGAUCAAUUGAACCAAUGA